AAAGAAAUGGAGAGAGUGCAAAAUCGAGAGAGUGCAGGAGAAAAGCUUCUGCUCUAAUGGCGGCGCAUUCUAAGGCAGCCACCUCCGCCGUUCUCGUGCUGCGACUGCCCUCAGGCCUCGAUCUUUAGGUUUUGCCUAAUUGUUUCAAGGUUCAUGAAAUUCAACUCCUACAUGGAUUCUCUUGAAUUUCUUGGAUUAUUACCUAAAAAGCGGAUCCCUUCUGGUGGCUGAUACAGAUGAAGUGGAAACCAAACUUGAGAGUGGAAGCCAUCAAACUAUUGACCUUGAUUUGCGGAUUCCCAUCUGGUGGCUGAUACAGAUGAAGUGGAAUCCAAACUUGAGACUGGAAGCCAUUAGACUAUUGGCCUUGAUUUGGUAAGUAUGUGUGAGAGCUUAGUGAUGUUUUCGCAAAUUUUCUGCAAUUAGUUGCUAGUGGUGUUUCCCUUCUUAUAAUGGAAUUUAACCACAUUUGCAUGCUUUCACAACGGAUUCUCGUCUGGUGGGCUGAUACGGAUGAAGUGGAAACCAAACUUGAGACUGGAAGCCAUCAGACUAUUGACCUUGAUUUGCGGAUUCUUGUCUGGUGGGCUGAUACAGAUGAAGUGGAAACCAAACUUGAGACUGGAAGCCAUCAGACUAUUGACCUUGAUUUGCGGAUUCUCGUCUGGUGGGAUGAUACAGAUGAAGUGGAAACCAAACUUGAGACUGGAAGCCAUCAAACUAUUGACCUUGAUUUGCGGAUUCUCGUCUGGUGGGAUGAUACAGAUGAAGUGGAAACCAAACUUGAGACUGGAAGCCAUCAAACUAUUGACCUUGAUUUGGUUAAUGCUAGUGAAGAUGAUAUAGUUGUCGACUUGCAUCCAUUCACAAUGACACACUAGCUUGCAUGUCUAUCGGGCUCAAGUAUUUCCAAGUAUGAACCUUGCGGUUUCAUCAAGACAUCAACAGCCAUUAGCUUAAGAAUAAAUCUAGUCUAUUGUAAAUAAGAAUACUCUGUUUGUAGUAUUUGGGUUUCCAGUGAAAAAAGCCUAUUGUUUAUACUCCUCUUUUUAUUUUUUAUUAAUAUUA